AUGGAGUCCGAUCUAGGGAAGCUCUUCAUCGGUGGAAUUUCCUGGGACACCAAUGAGGAACGUCUCAAGGAGUAUUUCAGUAACUAUGGAGACGUGGUUGAGGCUGUAAUCAUGAAGGAUCGCACGACAGGCCGCGCUCGCGGGUUUGGUUUCGUUGUGUUCUCAGACCCCGCUGUGGCCGAGCGUGUUGUCAUGGAGAAGCACACCAUUGAUGGCAGAACGGUACUCAGCACUUGCCUUAGGUUCCCAAUUCCCAAUUUUAGAUGGACAAUUGAAGUAACUUUUUAAAUUAAGGUGACCAACCUCGUGGGUGCAUUUUGUGUGCCGAACCGUGAUUCUAGCUUGAUGCUCUGAUUUUCAUUUUUCUAUUGCUCGCCUGGGUAAAUUGUAAAGAAGCCUUUGCACGUUAUAUUUGCCUUUCUAAAUUUGGCUCGACUAAUUUUCAGGUGGAGGCAAAGAAAGCAGUUCCUAGGCAAGAUCAACAGACCCCGACUAGAAACAACAGUGGCGCCCAUGGAUCUCCCGGCCCCACCCGCACUAAAAAGAUUUUCGUUGGUGGUCUUGCAUCCACAGUGACGGAGGCUGACUUCAGAUCAUACUUUGAGCAGUUUGGAACAAUCACAGAUGUGGUUGUGAUGUACGACCACAACACCCAGCGGCCAAGAGGAUUUGGUUUCAUCACCUAUGACUCGGAGGACGCAGUGGACAAUGUUCUUGUUAAGACCUUUCAUGAGCUGAAUGGUAAAAUGGUUGAGGUCAAGAGGGCAGUCCCUAAAGAGCAGUCUCCUGGUUCCCCCAUGAGGUCGCCUAUAGGAGGAUAUAACUAUAAUAUGAAUAGGAUCAACAGCUUCCUUAAUGGGUAUACCCAGGGUUACAGUCCAAGCCCAGUGACUGGGUAUGGAAUGAGGAUGGACAUGAGAUUGGGACAAGUCGCCAAUGGUCGUGGCAGAUUCUCUCCGUUUAGUCCUGGUUUUGGAAUGGGUAUGAACUUUGAACAAGGGUUGAGCCCAAGCUAUGGCGGUAACGCAAGCAACGGUAGUAGCAUCAGUUAUGGUAGGGGAAUUAGCCCGUUUUAUAAUGGAAAUUCUAAUAAGUUUGGGAAUCCUAGUCUGUAUGGCAGCACUAACGCUCCUGGGUCAGUUUUAAGCUCUAUGGCUCGCAAUACAUGGGGAAAUGGUGGCCUCAAUCAUGCUGCAAAUACCACAAACGACAACAGCAGUUUCCUUGGCACUGGAAGUGCGAUCCUUAGUGGUUUUGGCAAUGGUGGAGUCAACUGGGGCGAUUCCACAUCCCCUGUUUCUGGCCAGGGUGGAGGAAGUAGUCAAGGUUACGGUGGUAUAAAUCUUGGCUAUUCAAGUGGUGGCGACAGCAGCUUUGGACUAGGAGGCAGCAACUAUGGGAGACGCAACAGAAUUGAUUCUGCUGCCGAUACAGGAUAUAGCGGAUCUAGCGGUGGAUACAAUGGAACCUACGGUGAUUUAUACGGUGGGAGUUCAAUAUACGGUGAUCCAACUUGGCGAUCUUCGUCCUUGGAACUUGAUGGUUCUGGCCCAUUUGACUAUGGGCUUGGUAAUGCAGCGACAGAUGUCUCAACCAAAAGUUCAGAUGGAUAUAUGGGAGCUUUCAAUGUUAGACAAUAA